AAGUGGACCAAUCAGAUGGCGACAUCGCACUCGGCUUCUCGGAGCCUGAUUGGUCGGUUGCCGUUUUAGCACAGGAAGCGUAUGGGUGUGUUUCCGAGGGGAGGGGCUAAUAGCUGCUGCGACGAACUUCCCUCAAGACACCGUUUAGAUCGUGUUUGCAGGAUGGAGCUGAGGCCUCUCAUCAUGUGCUUUGCCCUCUGUGUGGUUUACGCCACCAGCAAACCCACAGAGAAGAAGGAACGCGUUCACCACGAUGAACCUCUCAGCAACCGAGAGCACGACGAUGCAGAGAACUUUGACUAUGACCAUGAGGCCUUUCUGGGACAAGAAGAGGCGAAGACCUUUGACCAGCUCACGCCCGAGGAGAGCAAGGAGAGGCUCGGCAUGUUGGUUGAACGUAUAGAUGAAGAUAAAGAUGGAUAUGUGACUGCCGAGGAGAUGAAAAGGUGGAUCAAGCAUGCACAGAAGAGGUGGAUCUACGAUGAUGUGGAUAGGCAGUGGAAGAGUCACGACCUUAACGAGGAUAACGUGGUGUCUUGGGAGGAGUACAGGAAUGCCACAUAUGGAUACAUUCUUGACGACCCUGACCCCGAAGAUGGCUUCAGCUACAGGCAGAUGAUGGCUCGCGAUGAGAGGAGAUUCAAAAUGGCAGACCAGGACCAUGACAUGAAAGCCAACAAGGAGGAGUUCACAGCUUUCCUCCACCCUGAGGAGUAUGACCACAUGAAGGACAUUGUAGUGCUGGAAACUAUGGAAGACAUUGACAAGAAUGGAGAUGGUUUAAUUGACCUGGAUGAGUACAUAGGUGACAUGUACAACCAGGAUGGAGACGCCACAGAACCUGAGUGGGUGAAGACGGAGAGGGAGCAGUUUACUGAAUUCAGAGACAAAAACAAAGAUGGCAAAAUGGACAAGGAGGAGACGAGGGACUGGAUCCUGCCUAGCGACUAUGACCAUGCUGAUGCAGAGGCCAAGCAUCUGGUCUAUGAGUCAGAUGUAGACAAAGAUGGCCGACUGACCAAGGCAGAAAUCGUGGAUAAGUAUGACUUGUUCGUGGGCAGCCAGGCGACUGACUUCGGGGAGGCUCUGACUCGACACGACGAGUUCUAACACCAAACUGCCUCCAAAGACUGUGCGCUCAUCUUCUGUACCACCCAGCUCCUUCGACUGUAGAAGUGAGCGGUCUAGACAAGAUGAGCUCGCCUAAUUCAACGCCACGGACAAUAAUUUAUUUGAUUUCUUGAAUGUGUCCUAUUGUUAACACAUUCAAAGUAACGUGUACAAGCUUGGCCAGUGUGUCCUCACAUCCACUUGCACCUCAGUUUGGGAUAUAUAUAUCGCCAUCCUUUGCUCUGCUUCCACACACUAAACUUUUCUUGCCCACAUCAGGCAAAGGACAAACAGUGUUAGCCUAUUUUGAUUUGUAAUGUUGAUUUUAUGAAUUAGCCAUAUGUUGUUACAAACCCUUUUACAGAACAACAAAGUUUAAGCUUUCACGACAGAAUAGCUUGUCGCACCAUUACGUUUUGCAAUGCACUGGACUGUUGAGCAUAAAAGUUAUUAGUGCCCAUCUUAAUUUGUACAAAUCUUUUGUAAUUGCACCUAAACUGAAAAUGCUACUUGCUCCCUCGUUUGUUGUUUUUCAUUUAUUGAUUGUAAUUAGGUUAUACUGGAGUAUAAGGUGUUUGGAACAAGCAUUCAAUUAAAUAUCAAAUUCCAGUGACAAUGAAGACUAAUUUGGCCUUGUGCAAUACAGUAUCAUUAGUGGGACCACAAUGUGUUUGAUAUACGGGUCCUCAGAACAUCCAUGUCGCCACAAACUGUGCGUCCUUCAGAUGCAGCUUGUGUUGUGCAUUAGUUGAAGGAAUCAAGUUGAAUUUAGGGACUGAUGGGUUCUUUGUCCUCGAAGCUGCCUCCUUUCUUCUUUCUUAUCACCUCAGUAGUGUGUGCGUGUGUGUGCGCGUGUGCAUGUGAUUCUGUGUGUACAUAUAUUAUCUAUAUUCUCAACGACUGACUUCCUCUUUGUUUGCUGUUUAGUGUGUAUUUUUUUGAUUGUUAUAUUUUGUGUUUUGUUUGAUUCAACCGAAUUAUUAACUCAUUUGUGUGCCAAGCAAAAGGUUUUCGUCCUAUCCUGAGGAAGAUGUUUGGAGCAGGGGGGGAGUGCUUCUACCUCCUUUGAACAUACCCCUUUCCAAGUUUGUUUGUAACGCUUGUGUUAUCACUACAACCAUUUAUAACCACUGUUAAUAAUUUUUAUGGUAUAGUAUGAUGUAUAUGACAAUGUUUUUUACAGGCUCACCGCAGCGACAAGCCUUUCACUAGUGACUUUACUGUAAAUAAGUCGUUGGUCUGCAAACUGAGCACUCUAACAAUCAGGUCCAGUUUUUGUGGUUGAGAACAACGUCUCAGUAAAAACAAAUAAAAUUGGAGCUUUUAGUCUU